GCAUAAGCCCCAACUAUAUACUCCCAAUGGAGGCAACGCAAGCAUUAGAUUGCUUGGGCUCCUUGACGAAAGCACGCCAUAGGUUGACCAAGGCAGGCUCGAACAUCUUGUCAGAUUUUAUGAAACACGAGUCAGCUUAUCCAACACGCCAGGAAAAAAUGGAACUUUUGGAGGCCGUACGGGCACUUUCGGGAUGUGAAGAGUUCACUCUCGACAAACUGAACACAUGGUUUAGCCGUCAUCGAACGCUACCGAGUGGAGGCACUCCUGGUUCACUAUCUGAUAAACGGAAUAGCAGAGAUGACCCCG